AACAUCGCAAAAUAGAGCUCCAUUUCCUUCUCUUCGAGUCUGUGAGGGCGAGAACACGCAAUUACUGCGGUGAUCAUGGAAGAUUUUCUGAAACAAUGCAAACAGUCCGGUGAUGCAGCCUACAGUGCUCUGCGAUCACUCCUGGAGCGGCUCGAGAAUCCGACUACCCGAACCGACGCUAGGAUCUUCCUCUCGGAACUCCAGAAACGGUUCACCUCAAAGGAAGACAACGACCGCUGCCUCCAGACUUACCAUUUCCAAAUUCAGGACAUCUACGUCGAGCAAUACGAAGGUGUCCAGAAGAGGAAGAAACUUACAAUGAUGGUGAUACCCAGCAUCUUUGUACCCGAGGAUUGGUCCUUCACUUUCUAUGAGGGGCUCAAUAGGCACCCGGAUGCCAUUUUUAAGGACAGGACACUAGCUGAACUUGGCUGUGGAAAUGGAUGGAUAUCUAUUGCAAUUGCGCAGAAGUGGUUACCAUCAAAGGUGUAUGGGCUUGAUAUCAAUCCAAGAGCGGUGAAGAUAUCAUGGAUAAACCUCUACUUGAAUGCUCUGGAUGGCAGUGGCCAGCCAAUUUAUGAUGCGGAGAAUAAAACUUUACUCGAUAGGGUUGAGUUUUAUGAAUCUGAUUUGCUAUCUUACUGCAGAAAUAAUAACAUAGAACUUGAGAGAAUUGUUGGAUGCAUACCACAGAUUCUGAACCCUAAUCCAGAUGCAAUGUCCAAAAUGAUUACGGAGAAUGCUAGUGAAGAAUUCUUACAUUCUUUAAGCAACUACUGCGCUCUUCAGGGCUUUGUGGAGGACCAAUUUGGUUUAGGUCUCAUUGCGAGGGCCGUCGAGGAAGGGAUAUCUGUAAUAAAACCUCUGGGUAUUAUGAUCUUUAAUAUGGGAGGUCGCCCUGGCCAAGCUGUGUGCAAACGUUUGUUCGAACGCCGUGGUCUUCAAGUUGACAAGAUUUGGCAGACUAAAGUUCUUCAGGCUGCUGAUACAGAUAUUUCUGCACUAGUUGAAAUUGAAAAGAAUAGUCCUCACCGUUUUGAGUUCUUUAUGGGACUUUCUGGAGAUCAACCAAUUUGUGCACGAACAGCAUGGGCAUAUGCAAAAGCUGGUGGUCGUAUUUCUCAUGCUUUGUCAGUAUAUAGUUGUCAACUCCGACAACCUAACCAGGUAAAAAGGAUAUUUGAAUUUCUCACGAACGGACUGGAUGAUAUCAGGAGCUCCUUAGACUUGUCUUUUGAAGAAGAUUCUGUUGCAGAUGAGAAGAUUCCAUUCCUUGCUCAUCUUGCUAAUGUUCUCAAACAGCUCUCAUUUUUUCCUUAUGAACCACCAGCAGGAAGUAGGCGUUUCCGGGGGCUUAUUGCCAACUUUAUGAAUACAUACCAUCACAUCCCACUUACUGCAGAUAAUAUUGUUGUGUUUCCGUCAAGGAAUGUGGCAAUUGAAAGUGCUCUACAUUUGUUGUCUCCACACCUGGCUAUUGUUGAUGAACAAUUGUCGCGAUAUUUACCGAAGAAAUGGCUGACAAGCUUAAAAAAUGUUGAGAAGAGAGAAACUGGUGAAAACUCAGAGGUAGUUAUCACAGUCAUUGAAGCACCACGCCAGUCAGACUUGAUGGUAGACCUAAUAAAGAAGCUAAGGCCAGAAGUGGUAGUGACUGGAAUGGGCCAAUUUGAGUCCGUUACUAGUUCAGCUUUUGAGCAUCUACUAGAUACGACAAGAGAAAUUGGGUGUCGAUUGUUUGUGGAUAUCUCUGACCACUUUGUACUAUCCAGUCUUCCAAGUUCCAAUGGAGUCCUCAAAUAUCUUGCAAGAAGUCCUCUGCCUCCACAUGCGACAGUCGUUUGUGGCUUACUGAAGAAUCAGGUUUAUAAGGAUUUGGAAGUGGCCUUUGUGAUAUCCGAGGACAAGGAAAUGUUCAAAGCUCUGUGCAGGACAGUUGAACUUCUACAGGGAAGUACUGCAAUAAUUAGUCAGUAUUACUAUGGCUGUCUUUUCCAUGAGCUUCUGGCUUUUCAGCUUGCUGAUCGACACCCACGUGUACAGAGAAAUGCUGAGGAGACAGGUGCUACCAAGGUUAACGGAGUUUGCAGUUUGACUAACCCAGUUCUUGAUCAUGCUGAGCUAUCAAUAAAUGAAUCUGAUGAGUCUUCUCUGGUUCACAUGGAUGUCGACCAAAGCUUUCUGCCAAUAACCACACCAGUUAAGGCUGCAAUCUUCGAGAGUUUUGCCCGGCAGAACAUAACAGAAUCUGAGACUGAUGUUACGGACGGCAUUAAGCGUCUGGUUAGCAGCAGUUACGGCUUUUCUUCUGACCGCAACACGGAGUUCAUAUAUGCUGGGUCCCCUGCAGAACUUUUCACUAAUUUGGUAAUCUGCUGCGCUCAAGAGGGUGGGACUCUAUGCUUCCCCACUGGUUCAAAUGGAAAUUAUGUAUCUGCUGCAAGAUUUUUGAAAGCUAACAUCGUAACAAUCCCAACAAAUCCGGAAGCUGGGUACAGACUAACUGAGGAAAGGCUCACUCGCACCUUGGAGACAGUUAAAAAACCAUGGAUCUAUAUAUCUGGUCCAACUAUCAAUCCAACUGGCUUGGUUUACAGUAACGAAGAGAUAAAUAAAUUAUUGUCUGUGUGCGCAAAGUUCGGAGCGAGGAUAAUACUGGAUACCUCAUUCUCAGGGGUGCAGUAUAAUUCCAAGGGAUUUGAUGGCUGGAACUUGGGAGCUACACUACAGAAACUUUCAUCUGCUAAUCCAGCCACUUCUGUAUGUCUACUUGGGGGAUUAUUUUUCAAGAUGCUUUCUAGUGGGCUUAAAUUUGGAUUUCUGCUCAUGAAUCAGCCUUCUCUGGUGGAUGCUUUUCAUAACAGUGGUGGAGUAAGCAAACCCCACAGCACUAUCAAGUACACAGUGAAGAAAUUGCUGGACUCCGGGGAGGAUCUGUUGAACGGCAUAGCAGACCAGAUGGAAAAUCUGAGAAGUAGAUUUAAAACCUUGAAGCAGACACUUGAAAAUAGCGGUUGGGAGGUGCUCAACGCUGAAGCAGGUGUUUCCAUUGUAGCAAAGCCAUCUGCCUACUUUGGCAAGACCAUCAAGCUGAAUGAUGGCUCAGGGAGCCGCGAAAUCAAGAUUGACGACACAAACAUCCGAGAGUCGAUGCUCACUAGCACCGGUUUGUGCAUCAAUAGUGCGUCGUGGACUGGAAUUCCCGGUUACUGCCGCUUCACCAUUGCCCUGGAAGACAGAGAUUUCAAGCGGGCACUGGAUUGCAUUACUCAGUUCAAAAGGUUGGUUUCUUGAGUUGAGUAUUAUGUUCAUUUAUUUUGUAACGCAAGUUGCACACUUCGUUAUUUUGCAACUAUUUUGUCGUGAAAUGAAUUGAUUCAUCUUCCAAAUUGAUGUUACCAGCCAAAAUGUAUGAACUUGAAGCUAUAUGUUUCAGAGCAUGCGUGUUGAGUUCAAUAUAAUAAAACUAGUCACUGGAAUGCCA